AUGGCAUUGGGAUAUGGAUCAUCUUCCUCAAAAAAACAUCGUAAAUCACGUCGAGAAGACGGAAAUAAGUCAGCUGUUGAAGGAGCUUCCAAGCCGAUUAAAACUAUAAUGCAGGCUUUAUGGCGUCGACAUUCGUCUUCCAGUCACGAUACAGAUAAAAACAGCAACAGCAAUAACAACAGCGUUGAUAGUAGCAACAGUGCAGGGAAGAUUUCUACCGUCGCUACUACUCGAACUCGAACUUUAUCCCCUAGUCACUCUCCUAUAGGUAGCAAAGUCCGUUCUCCAGGUGUGAGCUCUUUGGAACAGGCUCUCAGAAUCGCCAGUGGACAAGUUGAUGACCCUGAGAUCAAUGAUAGGGCUCAACUCGACGUGAGCUUCGGAAAUGACUCUGUCUAUGACCUUACUAAUGAUAGUACUGUCUAUCAGCCCCCAGUAUCUCAAAACAGUGGUGGGUAUUUGCCCAGAAUUCCCGAACAUCGGGAAGCGAAUUACUCAGAGUCGUCUGCAGCUCAAAUUGAGAGGCUAAAAGCUUCAGUAGUUCGCCGAACUAAUAGCCGGUCGGAUAGAAAUGAACUCAAUUCAGCUCCUCCUGGAAUUUAUUGGCCAGAUGGUGAGACAUCUCAGCCAACACCACCGAAUUCUCAGAUAUCCUUUCAACAACAAUCAUCGAUUAACUAUCGCCAUACACCUGCCCUCCCUCAGACUCAAUUUAUUGAUCGACUUCCCAGAAUAUCUCCCCUGAGUAGACCUACGUCAACCGUGUUCUAUCCCGGUACCCGUAGUCCGCCUGUGACGAGUUUUUGCGCAUCACCAGUUCGGACAGUAUCACCCACCCCAUUUUUGCAUAGACCUCUCCCCCCACCUCCCCAACCACACCAACAGGCAGCAGCAGCAACAGCUUUUAUCGAUCGGCGAGAGGAUAAAAUGAGUAAAUCUUUUAACUGUGGUGGGCCUCGUUCUGGGCCUAUGUGGCAAGCAAUUCCACCGCCUAAAUCGCCCACAGGAGAGAUAGUAGAAGUAAUUGAUACUACGGUGUAUAGUAAUGUGAAAAUACCCUUACUUAGGUGA